CGAGUGAAUUAAAUAUUUUUUUGCUAUUUAAAUAAAGCUUAGUGGAGAAAUAGGUGUGAGUUUUUGUUUUCUCGAGUGAGUACAUACAUAAGAGUGUCUUGAAUUCGCAAUAACCGACAGACGCCAUUGAUUAAUUUGGCUAACUUCAGAUACUUUUCAUCCAUACUUGAAGGAAAACGUAUUAAAGAGCGAAGCACAGCAAAUAAAGCAAGUAUUGUGGAAAGAAACCAGAAUCAGUAUGACGGGAACUGCUUGUUUUCUGUUCCUACUGCACCUUAUUUGCAUGACAUCUGGCUUGCAAGCGCAGCGUUCACCCUAUUCGCUACAGGCAGCAGUUGAUGAAUUGCAUCGCCGAGAAGCCGCCAAAUAUCCACUAAAUGCACCACCAUCUCAACAACAUUACCUUACCGGAGCAUUGGGCACUGCUGUCGACCAAGAUUACUGGGAUGACGAUUCAGAUUUCCCUAUAAACACACGCAACAAAAACAGCAAUAGUCACAGAUUGAAUAAAUUGAUUGUCAAAUAUUUGGAACGACAAAAAUAUAAACCCGAUCAGGAUGGUAUUGGCUUAGGACCGUUCGGUGGCUACAUAUAUGAUGAGGAUAAUAACCAGCUCUUCAUAGAGCCCGAUGAAAAUAAGCGUUCAUCAUACUUUAGAGAGCGUAACAGUAAAUAUGAAUCAGAACCUAUCUCGGCAUUUCGUGAACGUGACACUCAAGCUACUCCCGUAGAUGGCAUGACUACUCCCGAGCAUUCUGAAUUGACUGAGCAGUUCUUACGCGAAAUCGAAGAGGCACAGGAACGAGAACGCGAAGAGCGCUACAAAGAUGCCUUGCGCAAUCUUUGGGAAAAGUAUCAACAGCAGGAAAAUGAAAUAGAAGAUGAUUUGUUUGAGCAAAAAAAACGCAUGCGAAUGCCUCCCUACUAUAUGUUGAUGCAGAAGAAACGCUCAUAUCCCGUCCUUCCGUGGCUACCAUAUACAGAACGUAGAAAACGUUUUCCCGUCGCGAAACGUUCAACCAAACACGCGCCCAACGAGAAUAUAAAUUUAGGAAAGACCGAUGAUAAGGUAGCUGAAGAGUUGAGUGAGCUAUUUGGUUCAUCCGUGUCCUCUACAAGUGAUGAGAAAAAGAAGCGCUCAACUGAUGAACAAACACAGACUUCUUCAACACUCGCUCCCGGUAUAACAUCGACUACUUCAAAUGAUAUCGUACUGGAGAUACCGUCUAAGAAAAAUAAUGCUACUGAGACUGCUAUAAUUACUGUUCCAUCGAUAGAUCCACACGAGCACCGUCAGCAUGAGCACAGAUCCGAGCAUGCCCAUAGUGGACAUGCACAAAAAGAACAAAAGCAUAGUAAACGCAGCGAUCAUCAUGUUUCACACGAAAGUCAUGAGGAUGAAGAAGGCUCCGAAUCCGAGGAGCAUGAGGACGAUGAAGGUGAAGAGGAGGAUGAAGAAGAAUUCGAGGAAGAAGAGAUCGAAGAACGUAAAAAGAAGCGUGAUUUGAGAGCAGCGAAGCUCUUAAAUCUGGAAUUAUUUCGAGGCGAACAUGUCCCAUCCUCCCACUUCAAUAUUCAGCGACAAAAGAAAUCCAUCGAUUGGUCAAAAUAUUUUGGCAUAGAUAGAAAGAAGAAGGCUAUAAAAUUAGAGAAUGCAGGCAUUGACAUAAAAAAGCGUAGCACUAUCAAUGACGAUGCCGACCAAAAAGAUCAGGAUAAAAUGAAACGUGAAUUAGACCCAACGAAAUUAGACAAAAUGGAUAGAAAAUUGCAAUCCAUCGAGAACUUUAUUAUCGAUGAAACUAUUAAAUACACAGGAGCGCAUGAGGGAAUCGCAAAUAUCGAUGAAAUACGACGCCUGAAGGACCAUGUACUCUCUCGAUUAGCUACGGCUUAUAGUUUGGAGAAAAUGCGUCGCGCAUUGGAGAAAUUGCGACAAACCGUGGAAGCUGAGAAUCAUUUACUACGUAAUGUAAUUGAGCCAGAUGAUCUUAGCGAAAAUGAGCUUGACAAGCGUUUAUCUGUGAAGAAGGAGCAGGCACCCUUGAAUGAAUUGGAAAAUAUUGAUUUAUCCACGGACAAUGAGAAAACUAAUGGUAUCCAUUCGAACGCCAUGAUGAGCACCAACUCGGCUGAAUCGACCAAUAAAAUUGCCGAAUCGAACGGUAAAGAGGAAUUUGAACAAGUAAAAAAACACAAAAAAAAGCGCAAUGGAUAUUUGCGUUAUCCAGAAUUGCCAAAUGAAUUCAGGAAUGUGGACGAGGAUAUCGAAACCGGCCGUUAUGAGUCAUUGAACGACGCAUAUCUAGGCAAUAAGAACUAUAUUAUUGGCUCACAUCAAUGUCCCUUAAUUGAAUCGAUUAUUGAACGUUGCCGUGGUGUAGACCUUCUAAGUGGGGAUAUAAAUCAAGAAUUUCUGCCUAUUUGUGGUGAACACCAGAUUUGUUAUUUAUGUAGCACUUCACAAGUGGCUUGUGACUAUCAGUAUUUGACUGAGGCUGAUUCCAUUUGUGGUAACAACAAUGAUUGCCAAGCAGCAGCACGUUCCAUAUUAAUGAUAUUGCGUGGAACGCUCAACCCACAACUCGGACCUAGAGAGUGUAUGAAGAAUUCGUGUCUACACAGUGCCAUGCGAGAAAUCGGACUAUAAAUGCAAGAACAAUAAAUAUAUUAAACUUAUAAACAUAAAGAAAGAAUUAUUAUAUUUUUAUUGGAAACGUGCAGCUCGUGGACAGUGUAAAGGGCAAAACGAAGAGUUUUUCGUUGUAUUUAUGCUAUGAAUAAUUCUGUUAUGUAUCUAUCUUCCCUAUUAUAUUGUAUACUUAAAUAUAGGUAUAAAAAUACUUAUAUAAAAAAAAAAUAAUAUUGAGUGAAUUUAAAACUAUUAAAACGUAAUAGGGCAAUUCACAAAUAAGUGCAAAUGGCCUGGCAUCAAGACAUUUGUAAAUUAUUGCGAAUACCAUUAUGCCAAGUUAUUUGCAUUUAAUUGUCAACUGCCCUAGUAAAAUUAAUAUUCUUUUCAAAACAUGAAAUGUUAUAAAAAAAUGUGUUUGUGUAUAUGCAUUUCUCAACUUAAUUAACAAAAAUAUGUAUAUACAGUUACAAAAAGUGUAAGAAUGUGAAACACUGUUCUUUUAGAAAUAUAUCAAAAUAAGAAUAAAUUAUUGUGUUAAAUGUGUAAUUUAAACUUAUUCAAAAAUGUCCUUAAAGGAUGAAUAUACACUUGAAUAUACAUAUAAACAUCUUACAUAUAUAUGAAUGUAUAUGUGUACAUUAUUACAAUAAAGGAAAAAAACGAAUAUAAUAGUGGUUCAUAUAACCAACGAAAUAUGUAAUUCCACAAUAAAAUACCAAUUCUCUUUUAGAAAGAUGAGAGUAGAGAGAUUUGAAAUGAAUACAAUAAGAUAAUACAAUAAUUUCAAACAAAUAUCCUGAGAUUUCGAAAUAUGAAAGUUGAAAAUCGGUUGAUGAGCAAAAUGGGAGUUAAUAUUUUUUUUAUCUCAGUUUUAAAAAUUAUUCUAUGUAUUGAAUUGCUAAUAAAUUUUCCUAAAAUUAAAUUGCUAAAAUUGGAAACAAAACGCGGAAUCUUUUGUAUAAUAACCUUUGUUGGGUUCUAAACCCAAUAUUUUUAAUGAACGCAUCGUAAUAUUUCCGAGAGAAAUAUACAUCGAGUCCACUGGGCCAGUUUUGGUAGUACUAAUAUAUAAAUACAUAGUAAAUAUAUUAAUACCUAACCAAGGUCACGCGCAUAAAUACAAACAGCACCCGUCCAUCCCUACUAAACUCAAUACCCAUAGAGGAAGUUCAAAGUUUCUGCUAUCUAGGAUGCAUUAUUUCGACCUCUGGCGGCUGUGCUGAAGACAUCGAAACCAGAAUAAAUAAGUCGCAGCAAACAUUCGGACAACUGCAAAACAUCUAGAGCUCCUCGUUCCUGUCGCGUGGCACUUAAUUAAGAAUAUUUCAUUCCAACGUCGCAUCCGAUUUACUAUACGGAUGUAGAACAUGGAUUGCUGCACCACGGCUUAUACAACACCUGCGAUCUUUUACAAAUCGUUGCCUUAGGCGCAGCUAAAGAUAAGGUGGUCAGAAACUACAUAUAUCCAACGACAGGCUGUGGGAAUUGACUAACCUUGUGCUCAUCAAAACAAAUAUUCUGAAAAUAAAAUAGAAUUGGGUCGGUCAUACACUUAGAAAACCUGCACAAGACAUUAGGGAUCCUCCAGGAGGUGACAUCCAGCGCACACUUGAAGAAGACAGCUCGAGAAUGAAAUAAUAUUAAGUGAAUUAAACUGAAACGAAAUAAAAAGAAUUUUAUUGGAUAGGGAUAGAUUUAUUCACUAUGGAGCGGAAGUAAUAAAUUUAUACUAUCUAUGUUACGGCAGCUGCAUGAAGUUUUGUAUACCACAUAGUUUUGUAUACCAUAUACCACAUAUGUAUAUCAAUAUGCAUAUACAGUACUAUCUCGAUAAUCCGGACACCCUUAAUGUUAGGGGUCGUCCGGAUUAUGGGGGUGCCCGGAUUAUAGAUGAUUUUUUUUUUGCAACUAAACGUUGUUUUUUUGAAAUGAACAUAACGCAAUUCAGAUAUAUGUAUGUACAUAAAUAGUUUUAUUAAAUACAGUACAAUCAUACUUACAUAAUAAUAUGUACAUCUGUACAUAAUCAAACAUUUUUUUUAUUUAGUAUGUACUAUUUCAAAAAAAUUAUUAAUUUUGGUCUGCUGCGAGUUCGCCAGCAACAUUUUAUCUGCAGCAGCAACAUUUUAUCUGCAGUUUUAUCUGCAGUCUUAAAACUAAAAUAUCCAUAGCCGAAGCGUCAAUUUGUUCUGCCCAUUGUAUAGCCUUGGAAAAAAUAUUUUUUGCUUCACCGCUACUUAUAGUAUUUACCGCUUCAACUAUGGUUCAAUCAGAAUCAGCUUCUAUAUUAUUAUUUUCAUAAUAAUAAUGUCCACUCAAUUCAGUUUGUCACUGAAGAAUAAACACAACGCGUGAUUUAUGCUGUUGCAUUUCGUAUACAUAUAUUGUUGUUAAAGUACCGCUACUUUACGAAAAACUCACAAAGCAAACUAAAAAUUAAAAUACAUAUGUAUGUACAUAUUGCGAAGCAAAUUUGAAAAAUGUCCGGAUUAUAGAGUAAAAAAUGUUAAACUGUCCGAAUUUAGCAGUUGUCCGGAUUAUAGAUGUGACCGGACUACCGCGUGUCCGGAUUAUCGAGAUAGUACUGUACUCAAAUAUAUGUAUGUAUGUGUGUAUACUUUACUAACAAUCAUAUAACUUACAAAAGUAAUAUAUGUAUAUAUAUGUACAUUCAUAUAUUAAGAAAAAAUAUUCGUUUUUAUUUUAAAAUUUGAAAGAAACAAAAUACGUUAAUUUGAUUUAAUUUUAAAUAGAAAGAAGUAUACAUGCAUUGCUCUAAACUAUGCGGUUAUUAUUGGAUACAUUUUACAAAAUUCAGCGCUAUGGUAAAGACAGUUUCCAUGCAAAAGAGUCUUAUUUAUAAGAAGACGUGUGCGCUUUCGAGUGAGUAAUGAAACAAUAAAAUUUUUUAAUGGUAUAUAUUAUCAUGAAAAGCUAUAAUAAACAUACCAAUAAAUACUGUACACAUUUAUGUAUAUGACAUAUAACUAAUAUAAUCAAAAUGGAAUAUAUAGAAUGUGGAACUAAAAAUCGGUUGAAGUACACAAAAGUCAUAGUCACAAAAAAGGCAUACAAACAUUGUAAACAAAAAUACUUACAAUAACAAAAAUAAACAUUUGAUUAUUGAAUAUUUAUUACAAAAUAAUUAUCGGAUGUUUGUCUAUGGAUGUAUGAUUGUACUUACUAUUAUAUUUCACAUAUUUUAGGAAAAAUAUAGCAAAUAAAUAAAUCUAUACAAAUAAUAA